AUGCACUCCCGACUUUUCCUCGCCCGCUCUCCUCUUUGCCUCCCUCUCCUCUUUGCCUCCCUCUCCUCUUUGCCUCCCUCUCCUCUUUGCCUCCCUCUCCUCUUUGCCUCCCUCUCCUCUUUGCCUCCCUCUCCUCUUUGCCUCCCUCUCCUCUUUGCCUCCCUCUCCUCUUUGCCUCCCUCUCCUCUUUGCCUCCCUCUCCUCUUUGCCUCCCUCUCCUCUUUGCCUCCCUCUCGUCUUUGCCUCCCUCUCCUCCCCGCCUCCCUCUCCUCCCCGCCUCCCUCUCCUCUUUCCCCCCCUUUCCUCUCCGCAACCCUUUUCCCUUCUCUGCAGGGCGACUAUACCUUCACAUUCCCCACCUCCCUCCUCUCUUCCACACCCCUCCACCAUCUCUCCUCUUCAGCACCAGUCACUCCUCCCCCUCCUCUCUCUCCUACCACUCCACCCCUUCCUCCUCCCACCACUCACACCAUAACAGCAAUGGAGGCGGGCGGCGAGUCGUCCUUUGUGCCGUGGCGGCGGGUGGAGCUAAGCCGAGCUGGUGAUUUCGAUGGCUCCCACAUGGACGGCUCUCAGGAUUCCAGCUGGGUGCCACGUGGCAGCUACCAAUUGGUGCCCGAGAUCAGCCCGGAUGAGGUGGCAGCAGGGUUGGUUUUCUCCCCCUCUAUGGAGGAAUCCGUUACUGUCACAUCCGCCCCCAUCACUGACAUAAUCUUCAAACAGUCACACCUGUUCAUAUUUGGCAAGGUGCAGUGUCUGCAGGAGUGUGACUCCACCGUUUCAGUCUCACUCUGGGCUCUCACAGGCAAUGGGGCAGAUGAAAGGGCAGAUGAAAGGGCAGGUGGAGAGACAGAGCAGCAGCAGGGCACGUUUUUACAACGGGUGGUGCUCCCAGCAAUAGUGCCACUGCCUUGCAGCAUGGCGAGUGGUGCUGGGAGGAGGGAGCACGUCAACAAAAUGCUCUCAUCCCCCACUUCGUCUCCCUUCCCACCCCCCUCCUCCCUUCACACACAACAGGCCCGCAAGGCUCCCGCCAAUGCCACUGGAUUGCAGAGCGACGAGUGGUGCUGGGAGGAGGAGGGUCGUGCCGACGUGGCGGUGUUUGAUUCGCCCGUGACAAACGUACAGCUGGCGCAGCGCGGGUGGCGCAUGGUGGUGCGGGCGGAAAUGGAGGACAAAUUCACACUCACCCACAGGGACUACGAUCCCACAGACUUCAGUGUCUCGCCCGGAGUGCAGGAGUUCUGUGUGGAGUCCCCAGGGGAAUACACCCUCGCCAUGUCCCACGCCUGCGCCUACUAUGGGGCACUCUCUUUUUCCUUCCACACCCGCCAGCCCAAGCCCAUCCUCCUGACACCCACGGCCUACCGCGUGUCCGGCCCCGUUUUCCUCAACACCUCCCUCCUCCCUCCAUCGCUCUCCCACCUCUCUCUCGAAGCAACCAUCGUUGCGCGCAUCAGUGGGAAUGGUGGCGGUAGUGACAGCUACGGCUCUCUCUCAGUGCGCCGCCCGCCAUCCAAGGAGGACCCUGUGGCAAUCUAUGACCAGGCAAGCAUCGUUGCGCGCAUCUGUGGGAAUGAAGACAGUAGGAGUGACAGCUACGGCUCUCUCUCAGUGCGCCGCCCGCCAUCCAAGGAGGACCCUGUAGCUGUCUAUCGCCAGGUGAGCAUUGAGCAAAGUCUAAUCUCCUGCUCUCUCCCCACCCCUCCUGCUCUCUCCCCAUCCCUCCUGCUCUCUCCCCAUCCCUCCUGCUCUCUCCCCAUCCCUCCUGCUCUCUCCCCAUCCCUCCUGCUCUCUCCCCAUCCCUCCUGCUCUCUCCCCAUCCCUCCUGCUCUCUCCCCAUCCCUCCUGCUCUCUCCCCAUCCCUCCUGCUCUCUCCCCAUCCCUCCUGCUCUCUCCCCAUCCCUCCUGCUCUCUCCCCAUCCCUCCUGCUCUCUCCCCAUCCCUCCUGCUCUCUCCCCAUCCCUCCUGCUCUCUCCCCAUCCCUCCUGCUCUCUCCCCAUCCCUCCUGCUCUCUCCCCAUCCCUCCUGCUCUCUCCCCAUCCCUCCUGCUCUCUCCCCAUCCCUCCUGCUCUCUCCCCAUCCCUCCUGCUCUCUCCCCAUCCCUCCUGCUCUCUCCCCAUCCCUCCUGCUCUCUCCCCAUCCCUCCUGCUCUCUCCCCAUCCCUCCUGCUCUCUCCCCAUCCCUCCUGCUCUCUCCCCAUCCCUCCUGCUCUCUCCCCAUCCCUCCUGCUCUCUCCCCAUCCCUCCUGCUCUCUCCCCAUCCCUCCUGCUCUCUCCCCAUCCCUCCUGCUCUCUCCCCAUCCCUCCUGCUCUCUCCCCAUCCCUCCUGCUCUCUCCCCAUCCCUCCUGCUCUCUCCCCAUCCCUCCUGCUCUCUCCCCAUCCCUCCUGCUCUCUCCCCAUCCCUCCUGCUCUCUCCCCAUCCCUCCUGCUCUCUCCCCAUCCCUCCUGCUCUCUCCCCACCCCUCCUGCUCUCUCCCCACCCAUCCAUGCAUACCCCUCCUAUCUCCUUUCCUUCCCUGUGCCGUGCAGUCCUACUGGCUUGAACCACACACCGAUGUCUCGCUCUCCCUUCACCACUCCGGCUUCUCGGCCGCACCUCCCACAUGCUCCUCCACUGCGGAUAGUGCUGCUGCUCGUAGUCGUGGUGCUGGUGGUUUUGGUGAUACGAGGGUUGAAGCAGGAGAGGUGGAUUUAGGGGAGGUGGAUUUAGGAGAGGUGGAUUUAGGCGAGGUGUGGGAUCAGCAAGUUCAGGAGGAACAAGAGGAGAAUCUGAAAGCUGGGACUUUGUCUAUGGGGCUGAAGGAACAGCCCUCCCCAGAUGGCACCUUCCCCUUCCCACCAACCCCGCGGCUCCUCUUCUACCCUCCAGCCAUUCCUGUGAGAGUCGACCCCUUCAGGUGCCCUCCGCCCAUCCCACCAGUCCAUGCCCGCCCAGGCAUCUUCCUCACAGCCAGAAUCACUCCCGCGCUGCCAGGUGUCAACGUCUCAGUGGUCGCUGACUCGGCAAGUGAUGCAGGGGGGUGGCAGUUGGGGGAGGUGGUGGGAUGGCGGUUGACAGAGGGGUGGAGGAGAGGAGGGGAGGAGAGGAGGGAAGAGGAGGAGGUGAAAAGAGAAAGAGAGGAGCAGAGGAGGGAGAUGGGGGAGAAUGAUGUGGAGGAGAUGAAGGAAAAUACAGAGGAGGUUACCCUGGGUCCGUUGUACGACGAUGCCAGUUACCACGUGGAGCUGAAUAAGGAAGGAUACAUCUUUUCGUCCACUGGAGACAACUCGUACACAGCAGAGAGGGCCGAGGCCACACAGCAAAUGUGCAACCCUGGCAGCAAGAGUGGAGGGGAGCAGCAGGAGUGCAAGUGGCAGUCGUGA